UUCUUCCGCAUGCAAUUCUUUGGAACCCUAAUUUCUCCAAUCGGUUGCGUCAGAGCGGAGCGUCGCCCGAUCGCACGACGAUCCGAUCGAUCGAUCGAUCGAAACCCCUCGCUUCCGAUCCGAGCUCCGGCGAUUCGCGACUCCGAUUCCCUUCGUCGCCCGCGGCCGCCGAUCGCCGCCGCCGCCGGCGUCGCGGCAGGAUGGAAGGGGAGCAGAUCCCGAACAUGAAGAGGUGGAUCGUCCUCUACCCGGUGUACAUCAACUCGAAGAAGACGAUCGCCGAGGGCCGGCGGAUCUGCGCGGCGAAAGCGUGCGAGAACCCCACUUGCAUCGAGAUCGGGGACUGCUGCGGCCAUCUCAAGCUCCCUUAUGCCGUCGAGCUUGAUAAGGCGUAUCCGCGAGAUUUCAUGCAGAGAGGGAGAGUGAGGGUUCUGCUCAAGAGGGAGGACGGGACUCUGCACAAUCCGGCCAUAUCUUCCAGAAAACAGCUCAUGCUUCAUGUUGCAGAGUUGGUUCCAAGACAUCCUGGCCGGACUAAGAAGCAAGAGCCCGUGUCCACCACGAUUUCUGGAGCUUCGAAAUCUGGCAAGGGCGGAAAAAAGAAGAGAGGUUAAAUGUUGUUGCGAAUGCAUAGUCACAGUAUUAGUUCAAACAUUAGUGAAUUUGUCAGAGGCUUCUUCUUUAAUUCAAACAUCGGCAUGCUCGGUCCAUGAAGAUUUUGAUAGAUUGUGCUUGCGUCCGAGAUUUAUGCAUAUGGAGGCAAUAUGCGGACCUGUUUCAUUCAUCCCAUUCCCGCAGAAUUUCUUUGGCGAAUGAACAGCAUAAGAAGUCUCGUUCCAUCUCA